CGUGCGCUAUGCCGCAGCCCGCCGUCCGGCUGGUGUGGCUGGGUCGGGUGCCCUACGCCGAGCUGCUGGCAUCGCAGGAGUGCUGGCUGCGGCGGCUGCAGGCGGAGCCUAGCCCCGAAGCCCUGUCGGGGACCGAGGCGGGCGCGCUCCUCCUCUGCGAGCCAGCGGGGCCCGUGUACACAUCUGGGCUGCGCGGCGGCCUGACGCCCGAGGAGGCCGCGCGGCUGCGGGCCUUGGGAGCCGAGGUGCGCGUCACGGGCCGCGGCGGCCUGGCCACCUUCCACGGCCCGGGCCAACUGCUCUGCCACCCACUGCUCAACCUGCGGCGCCUCGGCCUGCGCCUGCGCACCCACGUGGCGGCGCUGGAGGCGUGCGCCGUGCGCCUGUGCGAGUUCCGGGGUCUGCCGGGCGCCCGCGCGCGCCCCGCCUACACUGGAGUCUGGCUGGACGAGCGCAAGAUCUGCGCGAUCGGAGUCCGCUGUGGAAGGCACGUCACAUCUCACGGCCUUGCUCUGAACUGUUCUACGGACCUCACAUGGUUUGAGCACAUUGUGCCCUGUGGACUGGUCGGGACAGGCGUCACAUCCCUGAGUAAGGAGCUCCAGAGGCAUGUCACUGUGGAUGAAGUAAUGCCAUCUUUCCUUGUGGCCUUCAAGGAGGCCUACAAGUGCACAUUGGUCUCAGAGGACACCCCCAACUGAAAGGCAUUCGUAUUAUCACAGCCAGGAUGGUCUUGUGUUGGAAAGCAUGAAGUUCAACUUGAGUCACCAGAACCCGAUUCUAGAACUGGUCUGCCAUUCACUGACCAUGUGACCAUGGGCAAAAUGAUGAGUUCUGAACCAUUCUGAUAUCCUGGUGUAUUGAUACCAUCCAUACCUACCUCAGAGAUACUGGAUGUGAAAACACUAUGAAAAGCAGCAUGCUACAUAAAACAUCACGAUUAGCAACACUAGUUUCUCAACUUAGAGAAACUCAGAUGUCACAGACUGUCAUUUCUCAAUUACUUGUUAUGGUCUCAGUACUGUAUCUAAAUAAGCAAUU